CUGUUCUCCGCACAUGAUAUGUUGACCGUGCAGUCAGUCACUUGGUUACACGCCAACCGCAUAUAUAAAUGGUGGGCCUAGUUCAAGGAAGCUCACAACUUAGUCUUAGGUAGUUGCAAACAUAUCCAAGAAUUUUACUUUGUGUCAAACUUUUUUUGCACACGCAAACACGUUAACCAAAGUACGCACGCAUGUUCGUGCUUAGACACGACGUGGGUUUGCUUGGACGCGAGUUGCGCAGUUUACUCGGGUUCGUCUGUUAGUCUUUACAGUUUUGUGUGUUCCGUGCGUUAGCUUGGUGCUAGUUGCUUCCUGCAUGUCCACCCGUUGUGGCUAACUUUAGCGGCUAACAGUUUACUUGCUUCUUUCAUACGGUAUGCGUGAAUUGCUCUUGACAGCACUCCAGGAUUGGCGGAGUAAGCAUAAGGGGAGGGGUUAGGACGUGUUUUGGCGAGGGUUAUGGGGGAGUCAGACACACACAUAAACUGACCUAUUUGUGUCACAGACACUUGGAGUGUGUCAAAAUAUUGUAAACAGAGGGGCGGGGUCAGUGAAGGACAACAAGUGAGCGACAAGACAGAUACCCUGUGAUUGGCCGGCUUUAAGUGCUCAACAAUGAUGUCAUUAGAUAAAGACACUGUUGUCACUCAUGAGGGACCUCUCAGACUCAGCCCCUCCUUCACUGCUGGCAGCUUGCCUUUACCCCAGCAGCCACAGCUGACUAAAGUUCAACCCCUGUAUCCUAAAUUUGGCCUGCAGCAGCCCAACAACGGCCAGCCCCCACCCUCCAGCUCUCCUCCUCCCCUCCAACGAAUUGGAAAGAGGCGCUACACUGUUGGUGUUGGUUUCAAAGGGUUGGCCAAGCGUCGCCGACGCACCCACAGUGAAAGCCAGGCGGACCCUGUGCUCCCGAGUCACUUCUUGCUUGGCGGAAACAUCUUUGACCCGCUGAACCUCAACUCGCUACUGAAUGAAGAAGUCAGCAGAUCGACCAAUCAGGAGACACCCAAGUGCUCACCUCUGCCAUCACGGUGCAGAGACCCUGUUGAGAUUCUGGUACCACGUGACAUCACUGAUCCCCUGAACCUGAAGGGGGGCAGUGGAGAUGGAGAGGAGGAAGGUGGUGUCCUGCUGUCCCCCCUGAAGUCCAGGAGGAGACAUAGGAACAGACACCGGGGAGGUGAAGGGGAAAAGGAGGUGAUUCCUGCUCGACUGUUUACCUCCACAGCGCCAUUUUCAGUUCCUCUGUUAACCAGAGAGGGCAGUGUUGCCGCAUCUCCUCUUCCCUGCGAACUUAACACAGCCAUCACGUGUCGAGAUGAUGUAGCCCCGCCCCCUGUACUUCCACGGAGAAACACUCAUCCGCCACCUGGCCACAUCCACAAAUCUGUCAGCCACGGGGAGAAUCGUCAACGUAGGCGGCGGCGCACCACCUCCUCCAGACUUACAGAUGCUGCUGUAGCCACUGUCCCAUCUGCACCUGUCAAUCAAACAACAAAGUUCCAGACGCCAUUAAUGGGAGAAGAAAAGGCCGGAAGGUGUGUAGGAUCUCAGUCGUCCAAUCAGCAACCAGUGAAGAUGAAAAAGAACAAACUCCGUUACCAGUACGGCAACCACAGUCAUUACUACGGCUACCACGGCUUCUAUGGUGAUAACAGUGAGGGUCGUUUAGGAUCAGACCAAGGCGGGCGGCUGCGUCUCCUGCAGGCCGAUUGGUUCAGAGACAAGACUGUGCUGGACGUGGGGUGUGGUGUCGGUCACGUAGCGCUUGCCAUCGCUCGUAAAUUUAAUCCUGCCCACAUCAUAGGAGUGGAGCUGGACAAGCACCUGGUCCAUGCUGCUAAGCAGAAUGUCAGGCACUUCCUGUCACAUGACCUGGUGGUAAAUGAAAGAGCAAGGAGGAGGGUGGAAAACAGAGAUGAGGAGAACAAGGAGGAUAAAGAAGAAAAAGAGGAGGUGAUGGAGAAGCUCCAUAGAGCUCUGUCUCUCCGCUCCUUCCCGAUGUCUUUCAGAGUGAGUCGUGGUCCUCUCUCUGCUCCACCCCUCACUCCUGUUGCCUCCUCCUCCUGUUCCUCCUUUUCUAGGUUCCCCAACAACAUUACUUUCAUCCAGGGUGACUACAUGUCAAAGCAGGAGACUUGGCCCGGACAGGGUCAGUACGACGUCAUCAUUUGUCUGAAUGUGACCAAAUGGGUUCACCUGCAGUCGGGUGACGGAGGCGUGGUCACACUCUUCAAACGGGUUUAUCAGAGCCUGCCGCUGGGUGGAUUAUUCAUCCUGGAACCACAACCAUGGAGUAGCUACAGCCACAGCAAGAGGGCCUCGGAAGGGACACGCCGUCACUACAGGAGCCUCAAGCUAAAACCUGAACAAUUCACCAGCUUUCUGACCGACACUGUGGGCUUCAGUUCUUACAGGCUGCUCACACACUCUGGAAACCGAAGGCCGAUCUACAUGUUUCACAAAGGCCCUGUGCAGAGGAAAUGAUGUCCAAGUUGACAAAGGAUGACACUCACGCUGAAGGUUUGGGUUAUAAGCUUGCAGCUCAUUGACUAAAAUGUUAGUGCCAGAUUGAUGGCGUCGCAUUAGAGGUUAAAUGAUUGGACCGAAGGGAAUUUAUUGGUUACCAAAAGUAACACCACUGGACAGCAUACAGCAGUAACUGAAAGCUUUUUGUGGCCCACAACUGGUAUCAGGAACUCAGACAAUGUUUGACAACGUACAGCAAAAUCAAGAUCUUCUAGUCUUUGUUGCACCAAGCACUACAUAAUAAGACCCAUAUUAUGGAACAAUCAUGGGGCAGGACAAAGGUGGCCCAAAUAACCCACGCAAGUGCUGAAGGAUGUGGUCUGCAUUCUGAAUACCAGACCCGUACCAGUCAGAUUAGUUUGACCCAGGUGAAGGCCAGAGGAAUGUUACCCUAAGUCUCUGGACACCAACGUAAUAUCAUCAAGAAAGGAUGAGCCCACAGUCUGCAUGCAGAAUGUCCACGUUUUGGAUCCCGAGACAAGGGGGUACCAGACAAGGUUGUUGAGGUUGGACGAACACUUGGGCUAACAUAAAGCCAGAAGAAGGUGCCCACACUGUGGAUACAAGGUGACAAUAUGUCCUGCAAUGAGGACCAAGCUCCUCAGUUUAGCAGCUGCAGUUUAAUGGUGUUUGACACCCAGUCCUGAUUGGAUGUUGCAGGGAAAGUGACAUGAACACCCGAGUCUGUGAUUUUUAAAAUAUUUUUUAAAAAUAAAACUUAUCAGAUGGUAUUUGACUGUGUUUUCUCCUGUUUCAAAUACAUCAUAUGAUCUGUCCCUGUUUAUGUUUUUUAAAAUAGAUUUAAAUUUAUCAGAUUCUUUUAUUCAAACAAUUAAAAACAGACAGAAUUGUAUUGUUUUGUUUAUUAUUGGUUAUAGUUUGACAGAUAAAAGAUGGCAAACAUAGUCAGAAUAAACUGGUAAUAGAUAAUGUUUCAUUGUUUCACCAUUUUUGUUGCUUUUCACAUAACUGGCAUGUGGGAUCAUUAGAUGGCGCUGUUUACAUCAUAAAUGACCUUUAAUCCCAAGCAGAAAUGUCCCAGAGCCUUUGGACAGUGGUUAUGUCAUGACUUGGUUAGAAAUGCCAUUGUUGUUUUUUAAGGAGAUAAUUUGUGUUAAAUAACUUUUGUUUGUUUGUUUGGUUGGUUGGUUUUGGUUAAUUCCUUCACUGUUUCUUAUCAGAUGCUUUUAUGUUUCUAUACUUUGGGCAAAUUGGGUUUCUUAACGGUCUUGUAGUUUAGGUUAACUGUUGUUUAGGUUAGCUUGAUGGUUGAUGUGUAUAUGUAUUGUUUUUUACCAAGCUGGUCACAUCAUAAGCUUUAUUUUUAGCCAGUUUUAGGACAAUCAUCCUCAGUGUUUUGUAUGAUGUUUUCUUCGUAGUAUUUUCCACUAUCUUUUUGUCUAGCAUUCGUUCUGUUUGGCCCUUUAGGCGACUGCUGCUACAUUUCUGCUGUACUCUGCUGCUGCUUGGACUCGUCAUUUGAUGGUCACAUUGUUGUUUUUUUGCAAGUUUGGACACCUGACCAAAUGUUUACAGCAGAGAACUGUUUUGAUGACAGCAUCACCAACAGAUGGUAUU